AUGUCUACGAAACUGGAGAAGAGGUUGGCUGAUUGCCUUACAAAGCGAAAGGCGUUGCUGGUUAUCCAAGAGUCCGUAGAGAAGUUCAUUAAGCAGUAUGACAACGAGAAUGACGUGUACCAAAUUCCGAUUCGACUUGAGGCGUUGGACAGAAUUUAUACCGAAUUCCAAGAUCUGCAGGCGGACAUUGAGAAGUACGAUGACGCUGAAAAAUUGGAGGAGCAUAUGGAAGAGCGAGCAGUUUUCGAAUCGAGAUUUUGCUCUGCAAAAGGGUUUCUACUGAUGAAGCGUUCCACAGAUCCGAACCAGUCAACAGUGUUGAAUACAUCACUAACAGCCAACAAUCAACCAGCAUCGCCAAGUUUCCAUUUACGGUUGCCAAAAAUUGAACUUCCAAGAUUUGACGGUGAUUUCUCUCGAUGGCUUUCCUUCCGUGACACGUUCACUUCCAUGGUCCAUUCCAAUGCGGACAUUCCGACAGUAGCAAAGCUACAGUACCUUCUACAAUCCUUGGAAGGAGAAGCUCAUAAGCCGUUUGAGUCAAUCAAUAUAGAAGCAGACAACUAUGCACUCACUUGGGAUACUUUACUGAAGCGCUACGACAAUAAACGGUAUUUGAAGCGACAAUUAUUCCGAGCCCUUUAUGAUAUACCACCACUGAAGAGAGAAUCCCCAAAGGACGAUUUAAUAGACGAUUAUCAGCGACAUGUCAAGGCAUUGGCAAAGCUUAAGGAACCUGUCGGCUAUUGGGACACUCCGUUGAUCAAUCUGUUGAUUUAUAAGCUGGAUCCUACAACCCUCCGAGCCUGGGAGGAAAAGACUAGCAGUAGUGACGACGUCACGUACGAGCAGCUAGUAGACUUCCUGUAUCAACGGGUCCGAAUGUUGAAGUCCGUCGUCACUGAUUUGAAUCAUCGUUAUACUCAACCCGGCCAAGUGAAGGUGGCCGGUCCCACACAAACCCAGAAGAAACCAUUCAAGAUGGUAUCCAAUUCCGCCACGGCUGAAACCAAAUCCUAUACUCCGAAUUGUAUUGCGUGUCCGGAGAGCCAUUUCCUUUUCCAAUGUCCAGCAUUUUCCAAGAUGUCCGUUCACCAGCGCCGAGAGCUGGUAACCCAGAAGCGCCUAUGCUGGAACUUUUUCCGUUCUGGACACCAAAGUCGGAAUUGUACAUCCAAGUAUAACUGCCAUAAUUGCCACCAGAAACACCAUACCUUACUGCACGAAACUGUAGAACCGAAGGUUCAAUCCACAUCAGUUGUCGUUUCUGGUCAACCAACCCAACAACCGAUUCCAUCCACGUCUAGUGCCGCCAAGACCCCCAGAUCAGAGAAUUCCAACACCCAAAUAAGCUUGUCGGUACAGUCGUGUCAAUUCACUGUCUUGUUGGAAACUGUCAACCUCCUAGUUAUGGAUUCGGGCUCCAUGUGCAGUUUCAUUACGAAGAAAUUGGCCAAUACACUCAACCUCCGUCGUACGAAAGUAGACAUCGCCGUGUCAGGAAUCGGUGAAACGUCGAAGCAGAUCAAACGCAAAUUGACAGCUACUAUCAAAUCCAAGCUGCUUUCGUACAGUACCACACUCGAUUUCCUAAUCCUGAAAAAACCUACAGUUUGCCUACCAACUACAGCAACUGAUGUGUCAUCGUGGAAGUUUCCUGAAGUUACGUUAGCCGAUCCAUACUUCCAUAUUCCAGCCGACAUUGACAUGAUUGUCGGUGGGGAAAUCUACCACGACUUGCACACUGGCAACAAGGUAUUGUUCGGCGAAGGACAACCUGUAUUCGUCGAGACCGCUUUCGGAUGGACUGUCACAGGAAAGGUAUCAAUCCAAUUAUCCGAAAUCCCCCGAGUAUGUCACCUCACCACUGUGGACCGAAACUUGGAACAAGCUCUCCAGAAAUUCUGGGAGUUAGAAGCUGUCGAACCGUGUUCUAAGUUCACAACCGAAGAAAAUCUCUGUGAAGAACUGUAUGCCACUACCACCACUCGCGAUUCGUCGGGUCGUUACGUUGUAUCCUUGCCACUCACCCGCGAUCCGCUCGUCACUCUCGGUAAUUCACGUACCAUUGCCGAACGUUGCUUGUUAAACCUCGAAAGACGUUUUAAGCGAGAUCCAACCACCAAAGAGGCCUACUGUCGCUUCGUGGAAGAAUACAAACGCCUAAACCACAUGGUGAAACUCGUGGAUCCAGUAGACGAAACCCAGCCACACUGCUACCUGCCGCACCAUCCGGUGUUCAAAGAGUCCAGCAUUACCACGAAGAUUCGAGUCGUCUACAACGCGUCUUGCAAGACCUCGUCUGGAUUCUCUGUGAACGACUUACAGUUAGUUGGACUUGUCGUUCAAGAAGAUCUACUGUCGAUCCACAUCCGAUUCCGCAUCCACCAGAUUGCAUUCGUUGCCGACGUGGAGAAAAUGUACCGGCAAAUCCUGCUGAACCCCUCGUGUCGCCGGUAUCAACUUAUCCUCUGGCGUCCCAACCCAGAUCAACCGAUCGCAACGUACGAAUUACAAACCGUAACGUACGGUUUCGCGUCAGCUCCAUUCUUGGCAACCCGUACACUCCAACAGAUUGCACUGGACGCAGCCGUAACAUAUCCAGCCGCAGCCGCGGCAGCUCAGAGAGACUUCUAUGUGGAUGACUUCCUGUCUGGUGCCGACACUGCUGAAUCCGCAAUCCGCAUCCGCCGUGAGAUGUCCGCCAUGCUAUCAGCCGCAGGCUUUCCACUGAGGAAAUGGGCUUCAAAUUCUCCUGAAGUCCUAGCCGAUAUCCCCACAGAAGACCGUGCCUUUGCGGAAUACCAUGAUCUUCAGGAUGAUCAAUCCGUAUCCACUCUCGGACUCAUCUGGGACCCGAGAUCCGAUGUGAUGAGAUUCAAAGUUCAACUUCCAUUGCCAGCACCAACUCUAACUAAACGGAAGAUCAUGUCGUACGUAGCGCAGAUAUUUGACCAACUUGGCCUGGUGGGACCAGUAAUAGUCAUCGCGAAGCUCUUUAUGCAGCGCUUAUGGUCGCUGAAGACCGAUGAAGGAGAUUCCUACGAGUGGGAUCGUCCUCUAGCUCCAUCUCUCCAAACCGAGUGGAAAGAGUUCCACGGAACACUUGAUACCAUCGCCACUCUCCGAAUUCCACGUUGUGUAUCCUUGGCUAACGCAACCUCAUUCCAACUCCACUUCUUUUCCGAUGCCUCACAGAGGGCAUACGGAGUAUGCUGCUACGUUCGCUCAGAAUGCGCCGAGAGCGUUCAUGUCCAGUUACUGACGCCCAAGUCCAAGGUUGCUCCGUUAGCUAAGCCACAAACAAUCGCACGAACCUCCAAUCCAGCUGAUCCUCUUUCCCGUGGUGUCAAUCCGGUCGACAUCGAACAACAUUCGCUUUGGUGGAAUGGUCCGGACUGGCUGUCCCUGCCACCAUCUCUGUGGCCCGUGAGCGAGUUGCCAUCGCUCGACCCUUGCUGGAUGUCAGAAGCCAAAACCAAAGUAGCUAUGAUUGCUACUGUCGACUCAACGUUCUCCGAUCCACUAUUCAGCCGAUUUUCCAGCUUUAACAAGUUUCGUCGAUGUAUUGCAUAUUGGAUGCGAUAUUUUCGUGCUUUGAAAGCAGCCUCCAAGAAGACCACCAUCGUACCAUUUGAAUAUUUAACCACUGCUGACUUCCGUGAAGCAGAUAUCGCCCUUUGCCGACUAGCCCAGCGUGAAUCGUUUCCAAAGGAAAUUUCCAAUCUUCUCUCCAGCGAUAGAGUUGCAACGUCAUCGCCAUUGAAAUGGCUGAAACCGAAGAUCAGCGUAGAAGGCAUCAUCCGAGUCGGUGGGAGACUCGGCAACGCUGCUGUUUCCGUAGAUCCCAAAUUUCCAAUCCUCCUUUCGUCAAAGCAUCCGCUAGCGAUCCUGUUGGUCAAGUACUACCAUCAUACCCUGCUGCAUGCUGGUCCCCAACUGAUGCUGGCCACAAUUGGCCAGAAGUUCUGGAUCAUUGGUGGCCGAAACCUAGUUCGUCGCAUAUACCACCAGUGCCAUACGUGCUUCCGUAGUAAACCCGUCUUGGUGCAGCAGAGUAUCGCCGACCUACCAACGUCAAGAGUCACACCGUUCGCCAUAUGCGGGAUGGACUAUUGUGGUCCCGUGUAUAUCAAGUCUCCGAUACGCAACCGAGCCCCAACAAAGGCAUACAUCGCUAUUUUUGUAUGUUUUGCAGUCCGUGCCGUGCACAUCGAGCUGGUUUCCGACCUAUCUACGGCGGCUUUCUUAGCCGCACUCCGCCGUUUCGUCGCCCGACGUGGAUGGAUGAGUGAAAUCCACAGCGACAACGGUACUGCCUUCAAGGGUGCAGCAAACAAGCUGCACAGAAUCUACGAAAUGCUGAAAUCCAACGAAAGGGAUCGGAAACAAAUCCUCGACUGGUGCGCGGAACAUGAAAUUGUUUGGCGUUUCAUCCCUCCACGAGCACCGCACUUUGGCGGGCUGUGGGAGGCCGCCGUUAAAUCAGCCAAGAACCACUUAUUACGCGAAAUUGGCACAGUCAACAUAACCUAUGAAGACAUGGUCACCCUAUUAGCGCAAGUGGAAAUGUGCCUGAAUUCCAGGCCCCUGGUUCCAAUUCCCACCGAUCCGUCAGACCUGAAGGUAUUAACGCCAGGACACUUCCUGAUCGGAACCAGUUUCCAAGCCGUCCCGGAUAUCAACUUAAGCGACAUCCCGGACAACCGUCUAACUCAUUUCGAGCUCACACAGAAGCGAUUCCAGCGAAUCUGGUCCAGGUGGGCACCAGAAUAUCUCCAGAAACUACAGUCGCGAGCGACCAAGUCCAGCCCUCCCGUCACAAUCACACCUGGCGCUGUUGUGGUGAUAAAGGACGAUAACCUGCCACCAAUCCAGUGGCCGCUCGGAAGGAUCACCAAGGUGCAUCCGGGCAAGGACGGCGUGGUACGCGUCGUCACCCUGAGAACUGCAACCACCGAAGCUGUCGUCCGACCGGUUGCAAAGAUUGCGCUGCUGCCGAUGCAGGAGCAUCUAGAAUCCGUAGAUGACCAGCUAGAGCACGCCAAAAUUGCUCGAGGCCUUCGUGGGAAUCAAGCAGACGAUCGACGAUAA